AUGCUCACGGUGUACUCCUACACGCUGCUCGCGAUUGCGGGGAAGCGAACGGGGCUGCGAAGCUAUGAGAAGGUGGUGCGGGUGACGAUGGGGGCGGGGAUGGAUUACUUCCUCGCCUUUUGCAUGUGGUUUCUCAGCUUCGGUACGGAGGUGUCCUACGUGAUUUCGAUGGGGGAUAUCACAGCGACUUUCAUCGAGAACGCCCCCAACGUGCCGCAUUUUUUCACCACCAAAACCGCGCAUCGAUUGAUCACCGCGUUGUUGUGGUUGUGUUUUAUGUAUCCCCUUACGCUACCACGUGAGAUCAACUCCUUGCGGUACUUCUCCGUCAUCGCGAUCUUCCUGAUGAUGUACUUCGUCUUUAGCAUGGUGCUGCACUCGUUUCAGAACGGCCUCCGUCAUGGGGUGCGGGAGGAUAUCGUGUACUUUCAAACCAGCAACAGCGCCGUUCAGGGGCUCGCCAUUUUUAUGGCGGCGUAUCUCUCGCAGCUGAACUGCUAUGAGGUGUACGAUGAGCUCUACAAACCCACCGUACGGCGGCUGACGAUGACCGGGGGGAUUAGUGUAACCCUUUGUUUCUCGCUUUAUUCCCUCGCGGGCUCUUUGGCUACCUCGACUUCGGCGCCGCGGUAA